AUGGAUUUACCAGACAUGGACCUCAAAGCCCCUAAAUUAGAUGUAAACACUCCAGAUAUUGACAUUGAUUCACCCACAGGGAAAUUGAAAAUGCCCAAAUUGAAAAUGUCAACAUUUGGAAUGAAGGGGCCACAUAUUGACAAACAUGGAGAUAUAGAGGGACCAGACCUGAACUUGUCAUCUCCCAAACUCAAGGGUCCCAAAGCAGAACUCAACAUUCCAGAUGCUGAUAUUGGCCGCCCAUCAGGAAAAUUCAAAAUGCCAACUUUCAAGAUGCCAGAUUUAGGUUCAUCUGGACCAAAGGUUAAGGGGUCUGGCUUGGAUCUUUCAGCCCCCAAGUUUAAAGCUGGGAUUGAUGCCCCUGACAUGGAUUUACCAGACAUGGACCUCAAAGCCCCUAAAUUAGAUGUAAACUCUCCAGAUAUUGACAUUGAUUCACCCACAGGGAAAUUGAAAAUGCCCAAAUUGAAAAUGCCAACAUUUGGAAUGAAGGGGCCACAUAUUGACAAACAUGGAGAUAUAGAGGGACCAGACCUGAACUUGUCAUCUCCCAAACUCAAGGGUCCCAAAGCAGAACUCAACAUUCCAGAUGCUGAUAUUGGCCGCCCAUCAGGAAAAUUCAAAAUGCCAACUUUCAAGAUGCCAGAUUUAGGUUCCUCUGGACCAAAAGUUAAGGGGCCUGACUUGGAUCUUUCAGCCCCCAAGUUGAAAGGGGGAAUCAGUCCCCUAGAUCCGAAUCUGCCAGAUCUCAAAGGCCCCAAACUAGGCCUAAAUGCACCAGAUGUAAACUGUAAUAUGCCCUCAGGUAAAAUCAAAGUUCCUACAUUGAAGAAACCAAAGGUUGAUCUGAAUGCUCCUGAUCUGGACAUUGAUGGCCCCUCUGGUAAACUGAAAAUGCCCAAAUUUGGGCUGUCUGGUAAAAUGCCAAAAUCCACAAAACUUAAUCUCAAAGCCCCAAAGAUAAAGGGGGGAAUUGAUUCCCCAGACUUGAAUUUACCAGAUGCUGACCUCAAAGCCCCUAAACUAGAUAGAAAUUCCCCCGAUUUUGACAUCAAUGCAUCCUCUGGGAAAUUCAAAAUGCCCAAAUUCAAAAUGUCUAAAUUCAGAGGCCUAAAAAGACCAGAUGUUGACAUUGAUGGAGACUUAGAGGGUGCAGAUAUAGAUAUCAAUGCCCCCACAGCUAACCUCAAAGGUCCCAAAACAGGUCUAAAAAUGCCAGAUUUGAAGAUGCCUGAUUUCAGGCUAUCUGGGCACAAUGUAGAUAAACCUAACUAUGACUUACCUGAUAUUGAUCUCUCAGCCCCAAAGCUAAAGGGGGGCAUCAAUCCCCCAGAUUUUGACGCUCCCUCAGGAAAACUAAAAAUGCCCAAAUUUGGACACUCAGGCACUAUGCCAAAAGGACCAAAUCUGGACAUAAAUGCAGGUGUGAAAUCACCAAAGUUCAGUCUAAAUAUGCCAAAGAUAAAAGCUGGGAUUGAUGCGCCUGACAUGGAUUUACCAGACAUGGACCUCAAAGCCUCUAAAUUAGAUGUAAACACUCCAGAUAUUGACAUUGAUUCACCCACAGGGAAAUUCAAAAUGCCGAAUUUGAAAAUGUCUACAUUUGGAAUGAAGGGGCCACACAUUGACAAAGUUGGAGAUAUAGAGGGACCAGACCUGAACUUGUCAUCUCCCAAACUCAAGGGUCCCAAAGCAGACCUCAACAUUCCAGAUGCUGAUAUUGGCAGUCCAUCAGGAAAGUUCAAAAUGCCAACUUUCAAGAUGCCAGAUUUAGGUUCCUCUAGACCAAAGGUUAAGGGGCCUGACUUGGAUCUUUCAGCCCCCAAGUUGAAAGGGGGAAUCACUCCCCUAGAUCCGAAUCUGCCAGAUCUCAAAGGCCCCAAACUAGGCCUAAAUGCACCAGAUGUAAACAGUAAUAUGCCCUCAGGUAAAAUCAAAGUACCUACAUUGAAGAAACCAAAGGUUGAUCUGAAUGCUCCUGAUCUGGACAUUGAUGGCCCUUCUGGUAAACUGAAAAUGCCCAAAUUUGGGCUGUCUGGUAAAAUGCCAAAAUCCACAAAACUUAAUCUCAAAGCCCCAAAGAUAAAGGGGGGAAUUGAUUCCCCAGACUUGAAUUUACCAGAUGCUGACCUCAAAGCCCCUAAACUAGAUGGAAAUACCCCCGAUGUUGACAUCAAUGCACCUUCUGGGAAAUUGAAAAUGCCCAAAUUGAAAAUGCCAAAAUUCAGAGGCCUAAAGGGACCAGAUGUUGACAUAGAUGGAGACUUAGAGGGCCCAGAUAUAGAUAUCAAUUCCCCCACAGCUAACCUCAAAGGUCCCAAAACAGGUCUAAAAAUGCCUGAUUUGAAGAUGCCUGAUUUCAGGCUAUCUGGCCCUUAUGUAGAUAAACCUGACCAUGAUUUACCUGAUAUUGACUUCUCAGCCCCAAAGCUAAAAGGGGGCAUCAAUCCCCCAGAUUUGAGUCUACCUAAGGGUCAUCUCAAAGGGCCCAAAUUAGAUCUCAAUGCUCAAGAUCUUGAUAUUGAUGCUCCAUCUGGUAAACUGAAAAUGCCCAAAUUUGGGCUUUCAAGUACAAUGCCAAAAGGACCAAAUGUGGACAUAAAUGCAGGUGCGAAAUCACCAAAGUUCAGUCUACAAAUGCCAAAGAAUAAAGGUGGGAUUGAUGCCCCUGGUGUGGAUCUACCAGACAUUGACCUCAAAGCCCCUAAAUUAGAUGUAAACACUCCAGAUAUAGACAUUCAUUCACCCACAGGGAAAUUCAAAAUGCCCAAUCUGAAAAUGCCUCAAUUUGGAAUGAAAGGGCCAGAUAUUGAUCUAGAUGGAGAUAUAGAGGGACCAGACUUGAAUUUGUCAUCUCCCAAACUCAAGGGUCCCAAAGCAGACCUCAACAUUCCAGAUGCUGAUAUUGACAGUCCAUCAGAAAAAUUCAAAAUGCCAACUUUCAAGAUGCCAGAUUUAGGUUUAUCUGGACCAAAGUUUAAGGGGCCUGACUUAGAUCUUUCAGCCCCCACGUUUAAAGGGGGAAUUAGUCACCCAGAUUUGGAUCUGCCAGAUGUUGCCCUCAAAGGCCCCAAACUAGACCUCAAUGCACCAGAUGUAAACUUUAAUAUGCCCUCCGGUAAAGUCAAAGUACCUACAUUGAAGAAACCAAAGGUUGAUCUGAAUGCUCCUGAUAUGGACAUCGAUGGCCCCUCUGGUCACCUGAAAAUGCCCACAUUCUUGCUGCCUGGUACAAUGUCAAAAUCCCCAGUCUUGAGGCUCAAAGCUUCAAACAUUAAGGGGGGAAUUGAUGUUCCAGACAUGAAUUUACCAGAUGCUGACCUCAAAGCCCCUGAACUAGAUGUGAAUGCCCCAGAUCUUGACAUCAAUGAACCCUCUGGGAAACUCAAAAUGCCCAAAUAUAAAAUGCUUAAAUUCAGAGACCUAAAGAGACCAGAUGUUGACAUUGUUGGAAACUUAGACGGCCCAGAUGUAGAUAUAAAUUCCCCCACAGCUGACCUCAAAGGUCCCAAAACAGGUCUAAAAAUUCCAGAUUUGAAGAUGCCUGAUUUUGGGCUAUCUGGGCCAAAUGUAGAUGAAUCUGACUAUGACUUACCUGAUAUUGACCUCUCAGCCCCAAAGCUAAAAGGAGGAAUCAGUCCUCCGGAUUUGAGAAUAUCUAAGUGUCAUCUCAAAAGCCCAAACUAGACCUCAAUGCUCCAGAUAUGCCCCCAGGUAGAUUCAGAGUUCCAACCAUAGAGAGGCCAAAUGGUAGCAUCAAAGCCACUGAUUUUGACAUCAACACUCCUACAUUCAAAAUGCCUACAUUUGGGUGGUCUACACCAAAA